CGUUCCCUCUUUCUUCUCUCCCCCUCUCCGCCACCUCUCUCCUCUGCACUCAUCCUCCCCUGCACAAUCCCUUUCAUUUGCUCGCAUCCUCUCCUCCAUCUCUCUGUUUCGUCUUUUUUUUCUACAUCCCCUCGUCGACGCGAACGCGUCUCUCUCCUCGUUUGCCAAAUCCUGAAGGCAGACCUCUCUUAUUCUCUCUCUCUCUCUCUCUCUCCGUCCCUCCCCCUUCCUCUUUACGUUUCUCCCUCCCUCCAUACUCUAUUUUCUCAAUGCUUAAGUCAGUCAAAAGAGCUACACGGAAGAAAAGAGGGGCGAACGGCAGGCGCUGAGAGAGAGAGACAGAGAGAAGGAGAGAAGCUGGAGGGAGAGAGGGGAGAGGGGGGACCGGGGGUUUGGAUACAUCUCCACCUCUCUUCUCUCUGCCAUGGACUGCCUCUGCAUAGUGACCACAAAGAAAUAUCGGUAUCAAGAUGAAGAGACUCCGCCCCUGGAGCACAGCCCCGCCCACCUGGCCCACAGCAAGAGCGCUGAGAUGCUUCACAUGAGUGAUAAGAACCUGGCUGCCAUGGACACCCUGCACAGUUACGGCCCACACACACACAUCUCACCAAUAAAGCCAGUGUUGCUGUCCUCUGGUCAGACCCCUCUCUACACCUCUGCGGUCUCCACACUGGGGAACUCUCCUCCAGUGGUGGUGAAUACUGACACACUGGAUGGCUCGCCGUAUGUCAAUGGAGCAGAAGGAGAGAUUGAAUAUGAAGAGAUUACGUUGGAAAGGGGGAACUCUGGGCUAGGCUUCAGUAUCGCCGGAGGGACUGAUAACCCUCAUGUGGGAGACGACCCCAGCAUCUUCAUCACUAAGAUCAUUCCUGGAGGAGCUGCGGCACAAGACGGGAGACUCAGAGUAAAUGACAGCAUCCUCUUCGUGAAUGACGUGGAUGUUCGGGAGGUGACCCACAGUCAGGCGGUGGAGGCGCUCAAGGAGGCGGGCGCUAUCGUCAGACUCUAUGUAUUACGCAGGAAACCCGUCGCUGAGAAAGUCACUGAACUCAAGCUCAUCAAAGGUCCAAAAGGGCUAGGUUUUAGUAUAGCGGGUGGUGUGGGGAACCAGCACAUCCCUGGAGACAACAGCAUUUAUGUCACAAAGAUCAUCGAAGGAGGAGCGGCUCAUAAGGACGGACGACUACAGAUCGGUGAUAAGAUCCUGGCGGUGAAUAAUGUGUGUUUGGAGGACGUGAUGCAUGAAGACGCGGUGGGCACGCUGAAGAACACAGCAGAGGUGGUCUACCUCAGAGUGGCCAAGCCAAACAACCUGUACCUUACCAGCAGCUACAACCCUCCAGACCUCACCAGCACGUACUCUCCGCAUCUGGACACGGACAUCGGACAUCCUAACUUCCUGGCCUCGGAUUACCCACAAGCCCUCACUCCCACCUCACCAAGCCGCUUUUCUCCAGUGCUGCAUGGCUUGAUGGGAGAUGAUGACUUACCCAGGGACCCGAGGCGUGUUGUGAUCCACCGAGGAUCCACGGGUUUGGGCUUUAAUAUAGUUGGAGGAGAGGAUGGUGAGGGAAUCUUCAUCUCUUUCAUCCUGGCAGGAGGCCCUGCGGACCUGAGCGGAGAACUGCGCAAAGGAGAUCAGAUCUUGAGCGUGAAUGGAGUGGAUCUGCGGGCAGCCACACAUGAACAAGCUGCAGCUGCCUUGAAGAAUGCAGGACAGACUGUGACCAUCAUCGCUCAGUACAGACCAGAAGAGUACAGUCGAUUUGAAGCUAAAAUUCAUGAUCUCAGAGAGCAGUUGAUGAACAGCAGCAUGGGCUCCGGAACAACUACGUUACGAAGUAACACUAAACGAGGAUUUUAUAUCAGGGCUCUGUUUGACUAUGAUAAGACGGCAGACUGUGGCUUCCUGAGUCAGGCCGUGGGCUUUAGGUUUGGAGAUGUGCUGCAUGUUUUGGACUGUGGAGAUGAGGAGUGGUGGCAGGCCUGCAGAGUCAGCCCACAGGGGGACGAGGAGGAGGUCGGCUUCAUCCCCAGCAAGAGGAGGGUUGAGAGAAAAGAGUGGACGCGGUUGAAGUCGAAAGAAAGAGACCGAAGUCGAGACAGUACAGGUUCUCUGGGAAGGGAAGAGCCCGUACGGAGUUACGAGACAGUUGCACAAGUGGAAGUGCACUACGCGAGGCCCAUCAUUAUUCUGGGCCCGGUGAAGGACAGAGUGAAUGAUGACCUGCUGUCGGAGUUCCCAGACAAGUUUGGCUCUUGUGUCCCUCAUACGACACGACCCAAGCGGGAGUAUGAGGUGGAUGGGCGGGACUAUCAUUUUGUGUCGUCUCGGGAACAGAUGGAGAAAGACAUCCAGAACCAUCGUUUCAUCGAGGCGGGCCAGUACAACAGCCACCUGUAUGGAACCAGCGUUCAGAGCGUCCGAGAGGUGGCCGAACAGCAGGGAAAGCACUGUAUUCUGGAUGUGUCCGCAAAUGCAGUUCGUAGGCUACAGGCCGCACAGCUUCACCCCAUCGCCAUCUUCGUGCGGCCCAAAUCACUGGAGAACGUCCUAGAGAUCAACACACGUCUGACUGAGGAACAAGCCAGGAAAGGCAUGGACCGUGCUAUUAAACUGGAGCAGGAUUUCCUGGAGUGCUUCUCUGCAAUCGUGGAGGGCGACAGCUUCGAGGAGGUUUAUCACAAGGUGAAAACUGUGAUCGAGGAGCAGUCGGGGCCUUAUAUCUGGAUUCCCACCAGGGAGCGUCUGUGAGAGUCCAGCCAGAGCCAGAGCCAGACCACCUCGCCCAGCUCGCCCUGGACUGUGGAGCCCGACUCGCAGAGCUGACGAGAAACAGACAGAGAGAGAGAGUG